CCUAACGCAGCUGAGCUCUUUCUGGAUAGGGCAGAGGUACAAUAUUUACAUCCAUGGCAGAAGGUUCUUAACCCUGAACUCAUCAAAGGUCCUUGGACUCAAGAGGAAGAUGACAAAAUUAUUGAUCUUGUAAGCAAGUAUGGACCAACAAAAUGAUCUCACUGCAAGGACCUGCAGAAGGACCCUCCCACCUCAGCGCAGGCAGGUCCUGUAAGUGAGGACAUGUUCCACUGGCAGGCCACUAUCAUGGGACCCUCGGACAGCCUGUUUACUGGUGGUCUAUUUUUGGUGAACAUCCAUUUCCCACUGGAUUAUCCCUUCAAGCCCCCGAAGGUCUCUUUCCGCACCAAGGUGUUCCACCCAAACAUCAACAGCAACGACAGCAUUUGCCUCGACAUUCUCAAGGAACAGUGGAGCCUGACUUUGACCAUCUCAAAGGUCCUCCUGUCAAUCUGUUCGUUGCUGACGGACCCCAAUCCCAAUGAUCCUCUGGUGCCUGAGAUUUCUCACAUGUACAAGACUGAUUGGGCCAAGUAUGAGUGUGCCUGGACACAGAAGUACGCCAUGGGUGGAUGUAUAGGCAAGCAAUGUCGAGAGAGGUAUUCUUUUGAUUGUUCUAUUUUUAUGUUCUUCUCACCUAUAGCUAAAGUCAAAGACGACAAACCAGGUGACUUAUUGGAGUUGCAGGACUACAAAUCAUCGGUAAGUUUCUAUGCUUUCAAAUGGUCAUCUAAAUCUUCAUUUGCAAAUAUGACUGCCGGUGCUGCUGAUGAUGCUAGCCAUCUGCUUGGAACUGAUGAGAGACAACCGAUGUUGCCAACUUGA